UCGACCAAAUCCAAUCUGAUAUAAAUUUCACACCAUACGUACGUUAGUUAUUUCAUCUCCACUGCUCUCUCUCUCUUUUCUAAUAAUUUUUUCAUUCGCCGGCAAAAAUGGUGGAGCAGAAAAGAUUCGCUCUGUUUCUUGCGGCUUUGGACUCAGAGUUUGUCAAGAAAACGUACGGGGGAUACCACAACGUGUUCGUGUCAACGUUUGGAGACGAAGGAGAGCAGUGGGACUCGUUUAGGGUUGUCAGCGGUGAGUUUCCCGAUGAGAAAGAUCUCGACAAGUACGAUGGCUUUGUUAUCAGCGGAAGCGUUCACGAUGCCUUCGAGAACUAUGAUUGGAUCCUUAAGCUCUGUGAUCUUGUCAAGAAGAUUGACCAGAUGAAGAAGAAAAUUCUUGGCAUCUGCUUUGGUCACCAGAUCAUAGCCAGAGUAAGGGGAGGAACAGUAGGAAGAGCAAGGAAGGGACCAGAACUAAAGCUUGGAGACAUAACCAUCGUGAAGGAUGCGAUUAAGCCAGGAAGUUACUUCGGAGACGAGGUUCCUGAGACCAUAGCGAUCAUCAAAUGCCACCAGGACGAAGUCUUGGUGCUCCCAGAAACUGCUAAAGUGCUUGCCUACUCCGCAAACUACGAGGUGGAGAUGUUCUCUAUUGAGGAUCAUCUGUUCUGUAUUCAAGGACACCCCGAGUAUAACAAAGAGAUUCUCUUCCAUCUUGUUGAUCGUGUUCUUGGUCAAGGCCUCGUCCCGCAAGAGUUUGCGGAUGCGGCAAAGGCAACGAUGGAGAAAAGGGGAGCAGACAGAAAGCUUUGGGAGAAGAUUUGCAAGAACUUCCUCAAAGGCAUGCAGAGUUCCGACUAACUAGUUUCACUACUACCAGAUUACCUAUUUGGCGCUCUUGUCAUACUGGAAACAUUUAUGGAUUUUUAUUACUUACUUCAUUAUUCCUGUUCAAUGUAGUAGAGAAUAACCUAUUAGUCUCCAGCGUGACUUAUUCCUGUGUUAUACUUUUAUACCAUUAAUAAAUAUGAAUUAAGUAACUAAAUUA